CUAAUGGUUGACGUGUAAGCGGAAAGUUUUAACUGCAUUUGUGCUUUAUCCUGAAAGAUUAAUAGCCCGAAAAAGAAGAAUACAUUUGAUUGAAAUUUGUCCCUCAUGUGUGGCUGUGUGGGGUAAAACUACAUAUUUCUUCGAUCAGCCAUAUUUGAUUGCCUUAACUGCUGGACAGUUUCGUGUAGAUAUUGCAAAUCGCGCGCGCAGGGGUGGCAUAAUUGGGAAUUUUUGUUAGCAAUUCAAAAGUGAGCGUAACACAAUUAGCAGUUGUCAAUAUAUCAAGAACAGACAGCAUUAACUAAGCG